AGCCAUUUUGGCUCCAGCGAUCUUGUCCCAAGCAAUUUUAGUGCUGGACGAUGGGCCAAGCUUGCCAGAAGCCGCCGCAGGAGACCCCCGCGGAGGUGGCGAAGCCGGCCCCUGCGGAGGAAGAGAAGCCGGCGCCAGCGCCGGCGCCGCCAGCGGAGCCGCAACCUGCCGCCGACCUGACCUCGAAGGAGGAGGCCGCGCUGGACACAGCAGCCGAGCAGAAGAGCUUCUCGCGGAUGUGCUCGGGGGGGGCGGAGCCGGCGCCGGCUCCGGCGGAGCCGCCACCUGCCGCCGACCCGCCGCCGAAGGAGAAGCCUGCGCCGGACACGGCCGAGGAGAAGGCGCCGCCGCCGACAGCGGAGCCUCAGCCUGCUCCCGAGCUGACGAAGAAGGAGGAGGCCGCGCUGGACACAACAGGCGAGCAGAAGAGCUUCACGCGUGUGUGCUCGGGGGGGGCGGAGCCCGCCCCGGCUCCAGCGACGCCAGCGGAAGCGCCGCCUGCCGCCGACCCGCCGCCGAAGGAGAAGCCUGCGCCGCCAGCAGACCCGCAACCUGCCGCGGACUUGACGUCGGUGGCGCCAGCGCCUCCAGCGGAGGCGCCACUUGCUGUCGACUUGACGUCGAAGGAGGAGGAUGCGCUGAACGUAGCGAGGCAGAGGAGCUGCAUGCGGGUGUGCACGGCGUCGGCGGCGGAUUCGGUUUGCAGUGUGCAGUGAUCGGCGAUGGCGACGGGGACCUGGCGAGCGACGGGGAGGCCGCAAUCGCAUCCGCAGCGAGAGGAUCUUUUAGAUUGAUCGUCAGGUAGAUUUUCCAUUGAAAUUCGAUCGUGCGAGAAAUACCUAGGUAGGCUUUUUUCGAGCAAAUUUUCAGCCCCGCAGACUUAGUAGUAGCAGAACCAUCUGCUGCAGGAUCGUGUACAGUCACUUCCGAAGGCCAGGCGUCUGAGUGCGCAAGCUUCCGCGCAAUCGCGUGCUCCUUACUGCUGACCGCUUCAUGUCGGGCCUGGCCCCUAUGGCUUGGUCUGCACUGCUAGCCAGCAUGUAAGGAGAACCGAAGGACGCGACGAGGAGGACUGACAUUAUAACCAAAAAACCAACAAGAUGUUAAGUGAGGCUCCCACAAGUUACCAGCGAUCCCUGUGCAGCGGUCGGCUGCGCCCGCGCUCGGUGGAGCCCACAGUUUCGGCUUCGCGCCAACACGAGGUGGUGAAAGCCCUUUGAGUCUAGCCCACCUUGGUGGUGCCUUGCCCUGUGCUUGUCGAUUACAGCCCAUCGGCGCGCCGGAGGAA